AAAACAACGUCGCCUCCUCCUCUUCCUCUGGAGCGGCUGCCGGUAGACAUCCACCCUCCUCCUCCUCCUCCAAGACCCUUCGCACAACGCGGAGACGCCGUGCGUCAUUGUUUGUUAUCGCAACAAACGAUAGAAUUUUGUAGUCUUCGUUUCAUACACUCCACGUUGGCUACCGUCAGUCAGUCAGUCUCUGUCUGUCUCUCUGUGUGUUUGUGUUUGUUUUAAAUCUUAAAACAGAGCAAACCGAUCGUCCCUCUUUCACGUUCAACAACAACAACAGCGGUCGGUUGUAAACAAGCGGCUGCCAUCAUCGUUGUUAUUGUUUACAUUUUUGUUUAGUUAUUUUUCUUGUUGGAGGGGUGGUGUGUGGUGGGGGGGGGCGAGUUUGGUCGUCGUCGUCUUCGUCGUCUUCGUCGUUUGCAACAAAAUGUCGACAAAGAUCGAGGAGUUGAAGAGGCAGCUGCUGGUGGGGCAGUUCGUGAUGGUGGCCGGCUGCUCGGCGGACACGGCGCUCGAGAUGUUGGUGACCUCCCACUGGCAGCUCGAGGCAGCUCUGAGCAUCUUCUUUCAAGAGGCCACAAGCCACCACCAUCACCACGCCAUGGUGUGCGCGCCGUCAAACACGCCGGCGACACCGCCCAACUUCCCGGAGGCUCUCACGAUGUUCUCGCGCCUCCAGGCGUCGGACAGCGGCGGCGCUGAGGUCGCGUCGCCCACCCCGGGAGGAGCCCAGCACUGGGCGGCAUCUCCGACGACGUCGCAGGUGCCCGUGGUGGCAGCCCCACCGCGGCAGACGUGGCCGCCCGUGUCCUCGAGCCACCACGCGGCCGUGCCGUUUUGCGCCGGACGGGGAGGGCAGCAGAUGACUUAACGGCCGGGGGGGGGGGAGAGCGACAACAAAAACUGACACUUCUUGAUUGUGGUGAUGAAGCGACAGGACAGCCGGGGGCGGGCGGGGGGCUUGGUAAAUGACGUUUCCCCGAAGGCUACAAAAAAAAUGCUAAACUUAAUGAUGAUUACAGCUAUUGACUUACAAGGGUAGAGAAGUUAAAGUAACAAUCGUCUUUCUGAAAAAGACAUCUUUAGUUUUGCAGACUGUGAUCCACUUUGGUGGUGAGUCAUUGUAUUUGUCUACCCUAGGAGGCUGUUACUAUAGCCACCACCCUUUGUCAUUGUUAAUACAAAAACAAAAGGGAGAUUGCUAAACAAGUCUUGUACACGUGGACCCCGCUGCUCACAUUGCCACAUGCAAGAGUAUAGAAAUACGAUGCUAUCGUCUCAGGGUGCCAUCCUGUCGCUGUGAUGACAUCAUCCUGUCGGUGUGAUGACAUUGUCAUGCCUCCACAUGUCUUCCAAGCUUCAUGGCUACACCUCGAUACGAUUGACUCGUAGUAAAAACAGUGAGCAGUUGGCAAAUGUCUACAAUAAACACCAACAAGGAUUGUCGGCAAUGGAGAACGCUGGUGCCAUCAACCACACCUAAUGAGUGGGAGACACGGCGAUUUCGAAGAGGAGCAGCAGUCGUUAGCAAAAGCAGAAGCCAACUAUUUUUCUUGUACGAAUAAUGGAAACAUGCGGCAGUGCCACGGGUGAUAAAUCGUAGCACAGAUAAGCCCAUUGUUAGAUUUCGUACACAGCGUUCUCUUUUUGGGUUGAAGGUGUUCUGGAAGCAUUGGAAAGGAGGACUGGCAUGAACGCAACACCAAUCAACAGUUGGUGUAUGACAGAAAUCGAUGGCGGACUACUGCAUGUGACCCAUGGACCCAGCGGCCUCCGUAAAGGCCGAAACAGAAAGAUUUGUUUCGGGAUGUGCGUUUUCGGACGCAUGUGAUUGGGCUUGUGUUUUUUUUUUAUAGUAAUGAAUAUUGUUUUUUUAAACGAGGAAUGAAUUAUGGGUAUCCGUUUUGAGGCAGCUAUUAUACAAUGAAAAGCAUUCGUAGCAAAUGCUGUUCCUCAUGGCCAUACCUGUGCACUGUUUCGCAUAUACAUGCUUAAUGAAUAAUUGGAACACACAGGGGAGGACAUGCCUGUGGUCAACAAUUACAGGUUUGGGAUGGAGCUAUGAAUACAUUUUGUAUUAUGGAUGCGGGGUGAUGGUUUACUGGGUUAGAAUAGUAGCUGUUUAAGAGUUGGGGUUCGUGUUAAAGAUAUUAAGUGUUUGGGGUGGAGGGUUAGUGUUACAGGCAGGGUAGGGUUAUAGUUGGUAUUAAUUAUUUGUGUUAGUGUUUGUUUUGUGCAACAGCAGUCCAGAUUGGAAUCAAGCACCGGAAUUAAAUUAUUGCAGGUUCGUGUUGGAUUAAAACCCACACUUGCCAGACUCAACACCUGUGUAUAUAUAUAUAUACCAGUAGUCUAUCACUGUAUGGAGGCAAUACAUUUCUGUUGUUAAUAUUGUUUUUAGUACCGAGACAUUUCUCUACGAACUGUUUUGUAAAAAUUGCGUGAGGAUGCAUUUUUUGAAUGACUUCAACCUUUUUGGUGUGGAAAUUGAAGCGUCAGCAUCGACUGGUAAUACAUGCAUGCAUGUG